GGUAGACAUCAGCUAAAGAUCAUCAAUUGCGAGGAAGUACGCAGACACAUAUAGGUUGAGUAAAAGAGAAUUAGCAAAAUGCAUUCUCAUCUUCACACUCCGGAAAACAUAAACUGCGAGGAGAUUAUGAAUGCCUUGGACGAAUGCCACGCACGCGGUUUCAUAUGGAAAGCCAUGGGCCAAUGCAACGAUAUCAAACGCGACGUAAACCGAUGCCUCGGUGCCGAGCGAGCGAAGCGCGCAAAACGGAAUCGUGACGAGGCUUUGGCGAGAAGGGCCCGUGUUGAGAAGCUUUGGGCUGAAGAGAGAUUGCGCGAACAAGGCGAGAUUGUGCAGAAGCAAUAACGACAGGGAAAAUAAGACGGUGUCAUGUGAUCUUUGCUUGGGUAGUAGGGACAUUAUGAUGCAUCCAGGGUGAUUGAAUGUUUCUUAUUUGAUCUCCAAGCAUUUACGGCGUUUUCUGAUGUGGAGCCGAUGUUGGAACUGUCAUGCGUUUCAUUACUACAUGUAUCAUACCAUUGAAGGGCAUACUGUUUAUAUAUAGAUAUUCUCCAAUCUCAU